CCAUAUAUAUCAGCUGGACGCACAACAAACGUCAAAUAUAAAUAAAUAAAAAUGUCAGGAGGGAAAGUGACAGUGCAUCCAAUAACAAACAACCCAACACAAGCAUGGGAGCAGAUUCGAACGACCCAGCGCACCAUCAAGCUCAAUGUGAAAACCCCAACCACACCACCUGAUGAGAACAUGUUGCGUUUUGUGUGUAUGAGUGACACCCACAGUCUGACAUCGCACAUCCAGCUGGACAUACCAGAUGGUGACGUCUUCAUUCAUGCUGGAGAUUUCACUCGAUGUGGCAGUGCUGUUGAGGUAGAAGAAUUUAACAACUGGAUAGGUGCUCUUCCACACAAGCACAAGGUUGUUAUAGCUGGUAAUCAUGAGUUGAGCUUUGACAGCAAGUUCACAACCAGCACAAGACAACAUCACAAAACAGCACAUACAGGGGACAGUCUUAUCAACGAGAUUCCAGACCUAGGGAUGGAACGAGAGGAAUUGUGUGCAGCUGUUGCCGAGCAAAACACAGUUGAUUUGGUGACAAAUGCCAUCUACUUACAGGAUCAGGCUCUUACAAUUAGUGGGAUCAGACUCUAUGGAACACCAUGGCAGCCAGAGUAUUGCAACUGGGCCUUCAAUCUACCAAGAGGUACAUCCUGUCUGGAGAAGUGGGAUGCCAUCCCCGAGGAUACAGAUAUCCUGAUCACUCACACCCCUCCUGUGGGUCAUGGGGACCUCUGCUGCACGGGCGUGAGGGCAGGAUGUGUUGACCUCCUGUCCACUGUGCAGACCAGGGUUAAACCUAAGUACCAUGUAUUUGGACAUAUUCAUGAAGGUUAUGGUGUGACAACGGACGGAAAAAUUAUUUUCAUCAAUGCCUCGACUUGCAACAUCAAUUUUGUCCCCAUCAAUCCACCUAUUGUGUUUGAUGUUCCUAUUCCCUCAGGCUUUUCAAAGUGACCAACCACCCAUACUGCCUAGGAUGGGGCUCAUAUAUGGCUGUUUUUUGUUGUUAACUAUGGAAAACACCCAAGAUACUGCAAAGAUCUUGAGAAUUGGGUAAGAGAGAAAAAAAGGAAAUAACUAAUAUCAAGGAAGUAAUGUUGGGAUUUAGGCCUGAAACUGUAUAUAAUUGCUGUGUGCUGAGUAUUAUUGUAUGUAUAAGAUGGUAGAACUUCAUUCAUCAGCUCCCAAUGUAUGGAAUUUUAUAGAAAUGAUGUAGGAGGCUGUAUGUAUUUAGACAAACAAAAACACACACAAACAAACAAGCAAAUGCACACACACACACACACACACAC